AUGUUACAACAAGAAGAGAAGAAGAAGUCGAAGAAAUCAAAGAAGACAGAGGGUGAGUCUUCGGAAAAAGGGGUGAAAGCAGAACAAAAGAAUCAAGAGUUAAUAGUUAAAUCUAGAACUAUCGAAGAGGUGUCUCCUGUUUUAACUUCAGUGGUUGAUACACCAGUUAUCGAAGCCUCUCCAUCAAAAGAAACGAUUCCUUCGAAGACGGGGGUUUUUCGAAGAAUAAAAAUCAAGAGAAAAUCUCAAUUGGUGAAGAAAACACAGGUUACUCAUCAAGGGGUUACUGUUCGAGAAAUUCCAGCUCCGGUGUCUCCAUCUUCUAAGAAACGAAGGGCUGCAGAUAUGGCAAAAUUUAAAAAAAAAACCCAACGUAUAGAAGAAGUGGAACAAGUUCCUGAGACUCCUGAAGAUGAAAUUCCUAAAGAAGUAGAGACUCUUCAGUCUACUGAAAUUUCAAAGCGUGAUGAUAUAAAGCUCAUUGAAUCAACAUCUUUACCUCAGGAAAUGGAAAGCAGGAUGAUUUCGAAGGCAUCGGGGUUAAUACGUGAUUCUGAAAGCCGCAUUCUUGAGAAAACUGAUCAGAAUGAUAGUUCUACAAAGAAUAGAAUCAAUUCUCUGAGAUCUGAUUUUCUGAAGGAAGUGAAGGAUUUGAAGACUGUUACGAAGGAGCGUCAUGUGCUCUUCGUACAGGAAGUUAAGAAGUGUGUUCAGAUGUUCGAACAAGUCAAUCCUCAGAUGAUCUCUCUUUCAACCAUAGAAGAACAACAUUUUGGAGAAAUGAGAUUCUGGUUUGCCUUGAGGUUGAGAAUCGUUGAUUGUGCCAUCAGUUCAAUGUUUGAAGGAGUUUCAGAAGAAGCCGCAAUGGAUGCUCGGAGAAGAAGAUGA